AGCGCAUUUCCGAAGAGGAACCAGUGGCUCUACUUUUUUGACGGGUGAAGGGUGACCGACGUAGGUACGGUGCGCGGAGUCGCGUGGUAGACGGCAUCGAAUUCGCUUCGGAAGCUUUACAGCGUAGGACGAGGCUGACAUUACUAGGAGAAAGAAACCACCGCUGCGAAGGAGAGGAAAAAAGAAAGGAAGUCCCAUCAACGUGGAGUUUCACUACCUGCGCGCUUCAGCGGGUUGAAACAUUUGAGGAGGAGCAAUAUUCGUACUUUGUCAGUCGCAGAUCUUAAUUUUUUUCCGGUUUUAGCGGAGAAAAGUUAUACUCGGCUGCCUUCUAAGAUCAGCGCUACGACGCGGGUGUUUUUUCUCCGUAGAACUGGAUAUAAUAAACACCUUUCCGUGGAGUGUCUCUCAACAAGCUCUGGGUCGUGAAAGACGCCUGCUUGCUCAGUCCUUAAAGGCGUUCGUCACAUCUAUACCGCAUUCCUAAAUCCGCGCAGGAAAGGACUCAAAGGCGACGAAGCGAGCAGUCUGGUAUUAGUAGCAGCGCAGUGCCGAGCAUUGAGAAACACGAGUCUCUCGAGAUGGCCUUUUCACCCAGGCUCCUUCGUAAUCGGCCUUCCCUAGUCGUGAUUUCCGCGGCGUUGAUCCUGUGCGGACAGGUAGCGUGGUCUGCCAACGUCGAUGUUUCACCCUCUAUAGGAGGCCUAGCUACCGCCGGCAAGGGUGUCUUCUCCGCGGCCGCAGCUUGGGACCCGACUUCGAUCGCGCCGACAACGCCGACGACGACAACUACUUCGACACGUGCGCCGAACAUGAUGGAUAGGGCUCGGGUGCUGAUCGCCGAGGCCAUGCGAUCGGCCGAAGGCUCGCCGCUGGUGCGUCGACUCGUGAGGACAGAGGUGUCGCCCGAGUGCACCAUAGGCCUGCUGCGGUUUAUGCGCGACAUCCGAAAGCUGGAGCCCUGGGCUGUAAGACUGAUUGAUGCGAGCGGCAAGUACCCCACUGGGCUGUUCCAGGGCACGAUCUCGGACAUCGGCGCCUACGACGAGUGCGUCGAGACGGUGGUGCACGACCAGUUUGGUCACGUGCAAGUGAGCGGGCAGUACUGCAACAUAUACAUCAAGCUUGUCAACGACACGUCCCUCUUCGACCACAUGCUGCCCGCAUUCCUCAUGACCAACAAGCGGACUACGGAGCUCUUCCAGCUUCUCGAUGACGAUCGCGUCAGAGGCCUCCGUGUGGGAAUAUGCACCAUGUCUGACUGCUCCAAAGAAGAUAUCCAGGCCAUUGCGAACACAAUUGGCGAAGGAAUAGCCAAGGUCACAGUGAACGACUGCGUCACCGGGGAGCCUGUGCCCAUCACGCCCUUCCAGAUAACGCUCAUAGCCCUGGUACUUGUGAAUGUCCUCUUACUGAUCUGCAGCACCUCGUUUGACAUGUACGCCAAGAAGAAGAACAUGAAGAGAACAAUCGUGGUGAAGCUGCUGUGCGCCUUUUCGGUGACCCGGAACACAAACAUCCUGCUGUACGUGUCGAGGAACACCCAGUCAGAGCAGUACUGCUACCGGUUCCUGCAUGGCCUUCGUUUCUUCAGUUUGUUCUGGAUUGUCCUCGGCCACACGUCCAUGGCAUUCGACCCCGUAAUCUCUAGGUUUGCGAACGUCCUGGAAGCCACGGGAACCUGGUACUAUUGCACCUUUUCAACGGCCUUCCUCAGCGUUGACACAUUUUUCUUCCUGAGCGGAUUUCUCUUGGCUUACAACGUGAUCAAGGUGGAUUUGGACGCCUGGAUCAUCAUUGCGGUCGCUGUGACUCGUCGGCUUAUCAGGGUCAUGGUCCCCGUCGCCUACGUAAUCCUGGCUUUCUUUCUGGUGCCUCUGCUCUUCUCGGGUCCCAACUCGAAGUUACUCUUCGACAGCUACUACGAAGAAAGUUCCCAGCGUUGGUGGCAGCUGCUUCUACAAAUCCGCAACUUCUACAAUUCCACUGAUAUGGAAUGCUUCGCCCACCUUUGGUACCUGUCCACUGACUUCCAGUUGUUCGUCAUCUGCAUUUUCAUCUUGGCACUUCUGAGAAAGCGGCAAUCUUGGAUGAUGUGGACUUUCCUGGCCCUCUCACUCUUCUGUAGCGCAUUCUCUGCCUGGCAAAUGCAGACAGGAAGAUACCUGCCAGUCAUCCCCUCGGUGGUCGCAGAUCUCACGACAAUGGCAGAUACGUUCAACGAUGUCUACAUGAUGGCAACGUUCCACGGAGCGAGCUACUUCUUGGGAUGCGUCACCGUUCUCCUUUUGCAGAAGUACAAGAAGGCUGAGAUGUCGCUGGCUACAGAGGUCGUGCUGUGGUGCGCCAGUGUUGCCUGUGCGCUCACCUGCAUCUUAGCUCGUCGUCACUGGAACGCCGGCAUCGUGAACCCGGGUGCCUGGGAGGACGUGGCGUUCGCCUUCUUCGACCGACUGCUCUGGUCCGGUUUCCUGAGCUGGCUCGUCAUUGCUUGCGCACGCGGCCGAGGAGGUUUUAUCUGUAGUUUCCUGUCAUGGGGCGUCUUUGUGCCACUGAGCCGGCUAUCGUUCGGCGUGUACCUCGUCCACCUGCCGUACUUCGUAGUCAUGUGCUUCGUCUCAAGGGAACGGAUUUACUACUCUAUGCUCGGAGUGAUAUCGACGACGUUCUCGAUCUUCGUGUGGAGCUGCCUGAUGAGCUACUGCCUGUUUAUCCUGUGCGAAUGUCCAACGGGCGUCAUCGAGAAGACCUUCUUGGCCUUUAAUGGAAUAGAGAAGACUGUGCACGGACGCCAUCAACCUAAGCACGGUGGUGUGGCCGGCAGCAAGGGCUGGGCCACCGCAAACGGCAAGAAGGCGCACCACAUCAUACCUACGGUCGUCGUGGGACAGGAGCCAUCUUCUCCGGCAGCCGGCGUUGGCACUGCGUUACCGGAGGUAACGCCGCAGUCGUGCCGCUUAUGAGCCACUGGGACACUUUAACUAUCACUCCAGCUCAUCGAUAUGAACUGUUUUUCACACCUGCGACGAGAAAAGCCUGUGGCAUGCUCUUCGUAAUCACACAUUUCCCGUGCUGUCCACGUGCAUGCCUGCGACCUCGCCGUGCGACCCCUUCGAUUCGCUCAAGGACUUAAGGCGUGUGCGCAUGUGGUUGUGUAUGCGGCUUAUGCACCUGACCGGAGGGGUGGACAACCCGAAGCCAAAGAAGAGCCAGUGAAAUAACGCAAGUGACGUUCACGUGAUAAGGCAGGCUUUGCCGGCCUUGUUGAACACUUGAGAGUGACAAUUGUUCACGGCGUGUACUCUUCGCCUGUGCUGUGAAAUAACUUCGAACGGGUAGUUUCCACAGUGCUGAUGCUUCAAGCGCCAUCCGAGUUGUUUGCCCUAAUAUCCAGAAAGGAGGAUAUUCAGGAGGCAUGCAUUAGUCGCGAUUCAAAAUGUAUUGUGAAAGUCAUGAAGGGUUGAGGUGAAGCCAGUAUACCUGUUGCUCUCAGUCGAGCUCGCGCUUUUUGCAAAUGUUAUGUGCUACCAUGUGAAGAAGGGAUAAAGAAGGUAGGCUUGUCCUUGUAAAACAGUGUGAGCAAUAAUUCACCCAUUCAUAAGAUUCAGUGCAGGUCAGCAUUUAAUUCAUGACGGGGCUAUCGUUUGGGACGGACUGCGCCGGCGUCAUGAGACCAUCGUCAUCGGCCACUGCCAUACGCAGUGGUGGCGCGGCAUCUUCAACUUUAGUGCGGAAUUAAAAAAUGUUAGAGGGAACGGCAACGCUAAUCACGAUCCUAUUAAGUGUUGGCUCUGCUUAAAAGAAAUCUGAGUUUUCCUUUGAAAUUUAAUAAACACUGGACAGGUGAGUGAGGAUCCACUUGUAGCAUGGCGAGACAUAGCAACUCACAUAGAGACUCGCAUAUUUUGGGUGUCAUAAUAGCGCCGCCCUUGUAAAAUAAUCAUAACAUUAAGGUCAUCGCAAUAUGUGCAGUCAGCAUGGCUGCUGUUGGGUAUGAUAUCUAAUCCUGAACCUUGUAGUCAGUUUAAAAAAUAUAUUGAAAUUCAUUGUGAUUGGUGUUGUUUUGCUUAGGAUGGUAUCGGUCGCUUCGUCAGUUUGAGUCCUCAAAAUAGGGUGCUUCACGUCUAGUGAGUCCUAAAAAGUUGUUUUCGCUUUUCUUGCAUUUUGGCACCUUGAAUACCAUGCACAAUGUCAUGUUCUGUCUUUGUGAACGCUAUAAUUGCUUUGUGCCGUAUUAUUUAACAUAGGUCCAUAGUAAAAAGCUGCUGAAAAGUCUUCUAGUUCAAUGCGAAUCUCUUGUGCUUUACGAAUAAGGGAUUACAGAGCGCUGGAAGGAGAUAAAGAAGUUCUGGACCUUGAAACGUUCAGAACACUGAACAAAAAAAUACCAUCUCAUGUCACAUAGCAACAAAGCUAUAUACAGGGUAUUCAUCAAGCUCCCAAUGUCCCAUGCAUUUAAUCACAUACGAUGUUUAUAGACACAUGUAGUGCGGAUGGUGCUGCUACAUAUCACGGGCAGUAGCGCUCCAUCGAUGACGGUGUGUCGUGAAUGUGCACUAGUCUUUCUAAUUUCAAGACACCUAGGAGCACUCGUUUCUUUCGGUUUUCCAGCAUGCCGCUGGUUAAAAACUCAAUAGUACCCAAAUUAGCGAAACGGGUUCGAUGAAACACUCAUAGAUGAAAACGGUUUCAUAUUUUAUAGCUAACUCGGCUUUAUUAAAUGCAGUAACUUACUAUGUCCUAGCAUCAUCGUGAAUAUGUUGUACAUACAGAACACUUUUAUGUUGUAAAAAUUUACUUUUCAUUCAAAACUCUCAGCGAAAUAAACUUGAAUAUGCGACUGCAA